AUGACUUUUCAAGUUCGAAUGGCUAUUGCGAAGGAUCUAAAAGGGUUUCCAGUUUGUAGAAAGAAGAAAAUUUUGGUAUAUGAUGAGUGGGGAGUAGGGGGAUUAACUGAAGCUGUUAGCUCUGUUUGUUGUCAGAUGCUGGAUCUUGUGGUUGAUGCGGAUGCAGGCUUAUUGAGUGGGUGUUCUGGAAGUGAGGUCUGGCUCACCAUGGUGGAGGAAGGAUUACAAGGGUGUAUUGCCUUUGUAAUGGCCUUAAUUUCUAGCCAGGAAGCUUGUUUCCUUGGAGUAAUUUUGUUUUCUCUUGAGAAUUUUGAAGGUUUCAAGCCUUAA